CCCAAUUCACGCACACACUAAGCUAUCCAGAUGUCUGUGGGCACGUGUCGACUAAGACACUAAUGUCCGUCUGCCGUGGGACACAAACGAUGCACCAUCGGCUUGACCACAAGAAUUAUCAAACAACACUAACAAACACGUACACACCACCCACCCACCCACGUACAUGUCAUUCAUUUACCCCAUACUAUGGGUGUGGAACGGAACACCACAGCACGGAAUAACACGAACAACGACACGCAUCACGUGACAGAAAAAAGGAUACUAAUGCCACUAGCUGAUACUGCAGACUAAUCACUUAAAGACAAAGAGGCAGACCAGUGUUUGUGUGUGUGCGUGUGUGUCCCCUUCUGCCACUCAGUGGUGGCUGUUGGAGCCUCCCCUAAAGCUGUGGUAGUCGUAUAUGCAGCACACGGGCUUUUUCUUGCCAGAAUGGUCGGCGUCGAUGAAGGUCAGCUUGCCCUUGGCACACUUGUAGGCCACCGUCGCGUAGAGGGGCUUGACGCACUUCUUGUCGGCCUCGAGCAGCUCGUAGCCAUGAGGGCACUUGUACUUGUAGCUCAGCUUCUUGCUGGCGUAGCACUUGCUGCCGUCAUCAGUCAGCUUAUACCCAUACUUGCACUCGUAGUCGACGUCAUAGGUCUUCUUGGCCACACACUUGUGGUCCUCCAGGUAGCCGUGCUUGCAGUAAUGCGCCUUAGCUUCGUAUUCGGUCGUCUUGCAUCCCUCAGGCGUGAACUUGAAGUGCUGAAGCAAUGACACGCAGACACACAGAUGAGUAUGUGUGUGCGCGGAAUCGUCCAGUGCCGUGUUGGCGAUGUUCUCACUCGACUCACUCACCUCUGAGCAGUAGUACUCGAGGUCGGCAUAGUCGUAUUUGAUGCACUUGUGCGUCUCGUCGUCGAACUCAAAGCCGUAGGGGCACUUGGUCUUCUUGUCUUGAUACUUGUCCGCCCAGCACUUGCUGUAGUCGCUCGUGAGGGAGUAGCCGGAUGGGCACUUGUAGUCGGGAUCAUAGUAGGCCUUCUUGACACACUUGCGGUCGUGCAGUGUGUAUCCGGCCUUGCACUUGGGGUAGUAGAGGGGGUAGCUGUCGAUGAUCUUGAAGCACUUGUGGCCCUCGAGGUAGCCGUGCUUGCAGUAGGGCACCUUCUCCUCGUACGUCGUCGUCUUGCAGCCCUUCGGCGACUCAUAAGAAUGCUGCACACACACACACACACACACACACGGGAGAGGGAAUGAAACACGCCCAUCUGUCUGUGUGGCGUAGUGUGUUCACACACUCACACACUCACUCACCGCAAGGCAGUAGUACUCGAGGUCAGCAUAGAUGUACUUGAAGCACUUGUUCUUGUCGUCAGUCAGCUCGUAGCCGUAAGGGCACUUGUAGAGCUUGUGUUCAUACUUGUCGGCGUAGCACUUGGCCCUGUCGGCUGUGAAGCCGUAGCCGUAAGGGCAUUGGUACUCGACGGGGUAGUGCUCGUAAUCGAUGCACUUGUGGCCGUCGAGCUCGCCGUAUUUGCAGUAGGGGGUUUUCUUCUCGUAGACGUACCUGACGCAGCCCUCGGCGGUCUUCUUGGUGCCCUGCACCCACAAUCAAAGGAUCAAAUCAAGGAAUCAAUCGAUCAGCAUAACACACAAGUGUCGGGUUCUGCUUGCGUCUGCAUACCUCAGGGCAGUAGUACUUGAUGUCCUGGUAGUCGUAUUUGACGCACUUGUGUGAGUCGGCGUCGAACUCAUACCCGUAAGGGCACUCGUAGUGCACAUCAGCCUUCUUCUCGCACACACCGUGUGUGUAGCCGUAACCGCCGUAACCGCUCUGGGCGGCAGUUGGAGGCACACAUGCCAGCAGCAGCAAGGCCGAAGCACACAAGGCAAAGACGCCCAUAGUGACAGCUGAGAACUGGCGGAUGGCAGCCAAGCGGGGCGGCAACAAGACGAAGAGUGCAGGGAAGUCGCUGUACUGGCUGUGUGUGGGUCAGGAAGAAGCUGUGUAAGUGUUUGUUUGCUGUGGUUGAUGUCGGGAG